UGAUUAGCCUUAAGUGCUACAGUAACCCACAUAUGCUAAUGACAGAUUAAUUAUGCUUAAUAAAUUUGUCUUGCAGUUUCCUGACGAGCUAUGUAAUUUGUUUUUUUAUUAGUUUCUAAAAAUCCCUUCCGACAUACUUCCGACACAUUUGAUGUGACACCUAAAAAAUUUUCGUUCCCAAUCUAAACAGGCCCUUAGUCUAUAAUUUUGUAAAAGUUUUUGAAGUAAACGAGGCCGACUUCAGGAGGAAGUACGCCCUGCCUGACAGCUUAUACCCGAAAAGCUGCAGAAAACAGUAGGCUAGACAGAGCCAGAACCCAGAAGAGGCUCGGAAAAUCUAUGGACGGUGGGCCGCCCACUACUCUCAAGAAGAAGCUCAUAAAGCGAUUCCGUCAAUCCGUCUUUUUCCAGGCCACUUUCCUGUCCACGGUCCAUCGCCGGAGCGGGGGAGAAGCGAUGGAGGCGGCGCCGAGCGCCAAGCCGAGGCGGGAGCCGCCUCCCAUCCCUCCCAACUACGUCAGCCUCAAGCAUCUCCAGGAGCUUCGCCUUAAGGAGAAGGAGGAGGAGGAGAAGCGGCGGCGGGAGGAGGAGGAGGAGGCCGCCGCAGCCAAGCGGGCGGCGGCGCUAAAGGCGGAGGAGGCGGCCUUGGCCGCCGCGGUUAAGCGGGAGGCGGCGCUGAAGGCAGAGACGAAGGGCCGCGCAGUCUCGCGCGAGGCUUCCUUCUGCGGGGUCAAGGAGAGGCAUCGAGGAGGCCAACGCCAGUGGGUGGCCGUGGGGUAUUUGACACCAGCCACGACACCGCGGCCAACGCCGACGUGCGGAGAAGUUGCGGCGCGGGAGAAGGAAUGGAUUGUAGGAGGUAACCGUGGCAAGAAGGGGCCCGAUGAUGUCGCGGACAAUGCAACCCAUCCCCAUGGCGGAUGCAAGUCGCCGGGGAAGGGGAAGGGGAAGGGGAAGGGGAAGAAGAAGGCCUCCUCGUUCUAUCCAGGUAUUCUGGCCGAGGAGGCGGCUCCUGCAGCAUCGAACGGCGGCAAGCCGGAGAACAAGAGCGAAAUCAAGGCGAUGGGGAAGGCCUCGGUUGCCCCACUCGAUCCGGCCAAGUCGGCCGUCGCAUCAUCCCUAGGCCACCUGACUUGCAAGGGGAAGAAGGGCGCGGGUGGCCGGAGCGCAGAGACGAGGCCGGGCGAUGCUCCGGCGAAGACGGCCGGUCCGUCGCCGCCGCGAGGCGUCAAGUCGGGCAACACGGGGAAGCCGAAACCUGCAGCGCCCAGGCUCGCAGACGCCGCCGGGACAGGCAGCGAUUCUCCGGUGGGGAAGGAGGCGGCUCCGGCCCAGGCUCCUCCCACCUCGAAGAGCGGUAGCGGUGGCCCGCUCCGCAAGAUCGUGGAGGCGAAGCCCGAGGGCCUAGAUGAAGGGCAGCGCCGGCAACCGGCACGAUUUGGGAGGAGGUCGGCUGAACCCUGGCGCGGCCGCUGCAAUGGGGCUGCAGAGCCCCACGUGCGUGUGUGGGUGCCCAAGGCGGCGGCGGCGGCGGCGGCGGCGGCUGGAUCAUCUGCUGGCAACGGCGACAAAUAAUUGGGUUGCCAUUUCGGGUAGUAACUUGACUAUGCUUUUGCUUUAGUGAACACUUGACUAGUGCAUGGAUGAUGUGGGAAUUUUUUCCUCGAAAGGAUGGCAAAAGCUUUGCCGUAGGUUUUAAUAGACGGUGAAUAAUGUGCGAUAAUAAUCGAAGCCAUGUUUUUCAAUCAAUUUCAAUGAUUACAAGUCAUCCGAGUUGCGGUUCGUCCUA